AUGGCCAUCAACGUGCGCUCGGUCAAAGACAUGUGGAUCGAGUACGCGCACGGCAUCAACGGCGGUCCCGCCAUCCGCACCCUCGAGAACCAGCACGGCACCGCCUGGCGCGGCGGCGCCCGCUCCGCGCAAAGUCGCAAGUUCCAGCGCCAGCGCGCGGUCUACGACGCGAUCGAGAAGGGAAUCGAGCUGGGAAAGUCCGCGGAGGACUGUUGUCAUGAACUCGAGCAGUUGCGCAUU